AUGAGCGACGACGGCAAGCACAAGCGCUGGUUCCCACUCGAGUCCAAUCCGGAGGUUAUGAACUCAUACGUGGAGAAGAUGGGCUUCCCUACGUCUCAAUUCAGCUUCUGCGACGUGCUAAGCACCGAAGAGUGGGCGCUGGCUAUGGUGCCGACCCCCGUGGUGGGGGUCAUCAUGCUUUUUCCGAUCAAGCCACACACCGAGGAGGCUGACAAGCAGGAGGCAGUCAGGAUCGAGAAGGACGGACAAACAGUGUCUCCCAACGUCUACUACAUGCGGCAGACCGUUGGCAACGCUUGUGGCACGGUGGGAAUUCUGCAUGCCAUCGGCAACAUGCGUCACCUGGUGCAACUAACUCCUGGGAGUUACUUGGACAAGUUUUUCAACAAGACGAAGACAAAGUCACCCGAUGAGAUCGCCCAGUUCCUUGAGGAAGACGACGAGCUGGAGGAAACUCACGGCAGCGCGGCGGAGGCUGGGCAGUCGGAGCAACUGGAGAGCGUGGACGACCCCAUCAACACACACUUUGUCUGCUUCAGCUGCGUGGAUGGCAAUCUGUAUGAGCUCGACGGGCGGAAGAAGCGUCCAAUCAACCACGGACCGUCAAGCCCGGACACUGUGCUACAGGACGCCUGCCAAGUCAUCAAGAAGUUUAUGGCCCGGGAUGAAGGCGAGGUGCGUUUCACCAUCCUGGCACUGGCGAAGACGGCCUCUGAAUGA